AUGACGAUUGGCCUAGAGGCCUUGCAGCUGGGAGCUGUGGGUCAGGGGAGGGACUUGGGGUCCAGGCAGUGCUGUCCCAGAUGGGGGAGUGACUGGUCACCCUCGGACGGCUCCACCGGCGAGACUGCUGCUCACAGCCGGCGCCAGGCUGAGGGCUGGGGCUGCCCCGUGCUGCCCCUGACGUGGGCCUGUGCGUGCAGGACAGAGGGUCAGCUGUGUCCCCUCGUUGCAGCACCACCUCGUGCCGGAGCCAGGCGUCCCUGUGCUUCCCGCUCUGACGCGCCCCAGAGCCGCCUCCAGAGCUGUGCCUUCACCCUGGUGUCCGGCGGGCGCCCCGAGGCACUGCUUCCAGCCUUUCCUGUGCUUGUCACUGAGACUCCGUGGGAGCUGCCGCUGGGCCUCCUGCUGCACCACCAGGCGACGAUCCCCUCGGCCUCCUGUGGGGACUCUGCCCGGGGCCUGGACAGCAGCUGGGAGCAGUGCACCCUGUGUCCCUGUGUGGGGCCACCCAGUGCCUGGUCUCGCGUCCAGGCUGUGGCAGGGAUCCUGGAGCCCAACGUGGACCUGGAGGCCGAGGAAGGGAACGUGGUGUGCCCAACACCACUGCCUGAGACCACCCAAGUGCCACGUCGGUGCAGCCUGGACAGCGGGGAGCAGGGAGCAGGCUGUGUUCCCGUCCCCAGCCCCGGUAGCCCUGCCACGAGGGACAUGGAACCCAAGGACCAGCAGCUCACGGUAGCGCUUCGGAUCCGCCCGCUCAAUGACACAGAACAGGAGGAGGGAGCCAGCGUCAUCGCCCACAAAGUGGGUGACCAGAUGGUGGUGCUCAUGGACCCGGGCGAGGACCCUGAGGACACGCUGCGCGCACACCGGUCCCGGGAGAAGACCUUCAUCUUUGACACCGUCUUCGACCAGCACGCAUCGCAGGGGGACGUGUAUCGUGCCACCACCCAGCGCCUGGUGGACGGCGUCGUCUCCGGAUACAACGCCACGGUGUUCGCCUACGGCCCCUCAGGGGCCGGGAAGACGCACACGAUGCUGGGCAUGGACGCGGAGCCCGGCAUCUACCUGCAGACCCUCGCCGACCUCUUCCGGGCCAUCGAGCGGACCCGGGACAGCGUGGACUCCAGCGUGUCCAUGUCUUACCUGGAGAUCUACAACGAGGUGAUCCGGGACCUGCUGAACCCGUCCUCGGGGCUCCUGGAGCUGAGGGAGGACGCCAGGGGCAGCAUCCAGAUCGCGGGCAUCACGGAGGUCUCCACCUCGAAUGCCCAGGAGAUCAUGCAGCUCCUCACCAGAGGCAACCGGCAGCGCACGCAGGAGCCCACGGCCGCCAACAGGACGUCCUCGCGCUCCCACGCGGUGCUGCAGGUCUCCGUGCGCCGGCAGGGCCGCGGCCACCACCUGGCGGAGGCCGUGCGCGUCGGGAGGCUGUUCCUGGUGGACCUGGCGGGCUCGGAGCGGGCAUCCCAGACCCAGAACCGCGGCAAAAGGAUGCAGGAGGGCGCGCACAUCAACCGCUCGCUGCUGGCGCUGGGCAACUGCAUCAACGCGCUCAGCGAGAGGGGCGGCGGCCGCACGCAGUACGUGAACUUCAGGGACAGCAAGCUCACACGCCUGCUCAAGGACGCCCUGGGAGGGAACAGCCGGACGGUGAUGAUCGCCCACAUCAGCCCCGCCAGCACGUCCUUCGAGGAGUCGAAGAGCACCCUGCUGUACGCGCACAGAGCCAAGAGCAUCAGGACGCGGGUCAAGCGCAACCUGCUGACCAUGUCCUGCCCUCUGGACCAGGACACGGAUGUCAUCUCCGACCUGCGCAGGCAGAUCGAGCACCUCAAGUCCAAGAUCGAGAGGCAGGAGCACAGGAGAGGCGAGGCCGGGAUCUCGGACGCUGGAGUCGCGAUGCCCGCCCAACACCUGGAGGAGGACAGCCGCCUGCAGAUGAACGAGACCCGGGCCCAGCUCGCAGGGACCUUCCAGGAGCAGCUGGAGAUGGCGCGCAGCCCGGUGGAGCUGGAGGACGCCAACAUGGAGCUGCACGCCGACGUGUCCCAGCACCUGCUGGCCAUUGCAGACUGGGAGCGGGAGAAGACCCCCCACCACGCCCAGGACGAGGUACCCGAGGGGCACGAGCAGCAGGCGGUGGCCGACGCAGCUGGGGAUGAGGGCGAGUCCGCAGAGCCCCACGAGGGAGCGCUGGCCGGAGAGGAGGUCUCCCUGCUGCUGGCCGCGCCACGGGAAGCCGUGGCCCUGCAGGCGCGGCUGGAGGAGCGGCUUCUGUGCCGCGCGCAGGAGCUGGAGGCAGAGAACGCAGCGCUGCAGGCCGGCCGCCUGCACGGGGCGCACCUGCUGGCGCAGAGGGACCUGCUCAUCGGGCGCCUCCGCCAGCACCAGCUGCUGUGCGAGCGGAUCAUCCGGGACCAGCGGCAGCUCAUUCAGGACGCCGGCCUCCCCGUGCCCGCGGCGCUGGACGAGCGCUACGGCCUGUACGCGCGGGAGCUGCGCGGGGGCCCGCUGGACCGCCUGCUGCUGCUGCACUCGGCCACGGCCGCGGCCAGCUCCCUGCCCGAUGGCGCUGUGGGGAGCACAUCUCCACCCCCGGAGGAGGCCCCGGAGACCAGGCCCACAGGAAGGGCCCCCGGGGGCGCCCCUUUUGAGCUGCCGCAGAUGCUGCUGGAGACGGACAGCCUUGGUUUCAGGGUGUCGAAACAGUGGGGGAGGCAGGCUGCCCUCGCCCCGCCGCCCCUCCGCAUCCUGCUCACGCCGCCAGCGCACGAGCGGCCCGGCCCUCUGAGGGCGAAGCCCGUGGCCUCCAGGCUGAGCUCCCCGGCCGGCCCGGACCUCGCGGAGGUGGCCGCGAGCACCAAGAGCAUCGCCCUCCUCGCGGCCUCCCGGCGCUGCCAGGCCCAGGACCGGGAGGGCGGCAGCGGCCGCUCCUCGCUCCACCUUCCGGACUCCAGGGACACGAGCCCAGCAGGCAGCAGGCGGCCCCGUGCCAGCCCCGGCCGGGAGGGCUCCGCAGAGAGGACGGCCCGGAGCAGGCGGUCCCCUGGCUUCAGCCCAGGCGUGCGGCCGGUGGGUGGACAAGGGCCUCGCGUCCGGUCCCAGGGGUCGAGGUGGACAGCAGAGAGGGGUGUAUGGUCACUGGACCCCGUGCUCCUAGAGCAGACGGGCACACAGUCGGCGUUGAAGCAGUGCUUGGGUUCAUCUCAACGUGACCCUGAUGUGAUCCUCCCGACCUGCUCCCCACACCCUGCCCUGCUGUGUGACUCCCCCCUGCAGGCAACGGAGAAGCCCCAGCCCCCCUCCCCGGCGCGUUGGGAUGAGAGCCAGACGCCCGCUGCACCCCAUCAGCCGUCAAAGUCCUCGGGCCUCUUCCCUGCUGUCCCCACGGCCUCCAAGACGAAGCCCGGCCCCCACGCAGGGUCUGCAGACAGUGGAGGCCAAGGCCGCAGCCCGCUGCCCCCCAGCAGCCCUCGCAGGCCCCGGGGCCGCAGCGCCAAGGGCCGGAGAAGACCCCUGUGAGGACGGCAGGCAGAGCGGGGGCCAGAGCGCCGGUCCGGGCGCGGCCCUGCCCCGAAGCUGGAUAGAGAGACGGGCCUGGCAGGGAAACAGAGGCAGCCUGCCCGCUUCCUGCAGCCUUAGCGCCAGCAGCGAUCUCAGCA